GCAGACGUCAAGCAUUGCUGGGCGCCUGAAGUGUAUCAAUCGGUUUCAUAGUUCAAUAGUUCUGUCCAUUUUCUACCGUUCGAUGAGCUUUCAGGAUUUGCCGCCAUGUUCAGCUUUAUGAAGAAGGACAAGGCAGACAAACGGGAUAAAAAGGAAAGAAAAGAAACGAAAAAGCCUCAAACGAAAGAUGCUGUUUUCCAAGCAUCUGGCAGUGGAAGUGGUGGCAUUCUGUACGGAGCAUCUGCCGCAACGGCCUCGGCAUCCGGCAAUGAUAAACUAACAGCUGACGAGCUGCUCCGAUUGGAUGAAGUCAGGCGAAGUUUGAAAAUUCGUACGCGUCGCAAAGAGAAAGAGAAACUGCCCAGUGGAAUCACUGCCGACUACACCGCCCAUUUGGGUCUCCAUUUGGUAGACGGCGGUCUGUCCAGCACCAACGCGCAGGUCUGGCCUGAGCUUCACAGUCCCAUAAGUGAUGGAGGGAGUUGCACGAGCGAUGGGACGCCCAGCUUGAAUUCCCUGACUUCAUCAACAGUUACGACCUCAACAACCAUGAUGAUGAAACAGGAGACGUUUUCCGUUACCACCCCUGUUCCAGUCCCGCCGGCUCGAGGUAUCCUCAAAGGCAAAUCAUCGUACGGGCUGGAAUCUCCGCCAAUCUUGGAGCUGGACGACGACAACAAGCUAGUGGAGAAUACGCUGAAGAAUGAGUUAAUAAUUUACGAGAAGCCGCCGGCUGUAUUGGGCACGAAAAAGGUAGCCGGGCCUCCCCCUCUGCCCAAAUCGCAGCCACCCUUACCAGCCAAUGGGGCUUUUCAGCGAGCAAAGACGGACGUGAGGAUACAAGAAGAAGACACGUUUACUUAUAGCUUUCCACGGCCACAUGUGGCUCCGUUGGACGCGGCCACAGCUGCAGCUAUAGCCGCUGCGUCAGGUCUGGUUCCAGCUGAGACUUGUAGGCCAUCUGGUGCCAAACUGUUGUGGAGCGAACCUCCUGGCGAAGGAUCUGGAUGGCUGGAUCGUAUCAAAACCCACAAAAGUCUUGAUUCCUCAUCGUCUUCCUUACUGCCUCUGCCUGCUCUGUUUGAGCCGGCCCUACCGGAGCCAAGAGACUUGACGCUGCAACGCAAAGAGACGGGCGAUUUCGGUUUCUCGCUCCGCCGAAGCGUCGUGGUCGAACGAUCGCCUAAUGAUCCUUCCAGGAAUUCGGUGAAGAGGACGGUGAUUUUCGCUGAACCGGUGACUGGCAAUACCAACAAACAAUUAGAUGCGGCUCUUUUACCUGGCGACCGACUGCUCGAAGUCAACGGUCAAAACGUUCAGAACACGAACCGCGAAGACAUCAUCGAUAUCAUCCGCAAUUCAGGAUCCACCGUCACGCUCAAGGUGCAGCCCGUGGCUGAAUUGGUGGAACUAUCUCGCCGCUGGGCGGCUGAUGGUCGUCAAAUUCGCCUGAACGACGUCAUCGCCAAAGGUGGCACUCUGCGCAGGACCGGAUCCUUACGCCACCGCCAUACAAAGGCCAAAUCCGAUGAUGAAUUGACCAAAGAAAAGGAAUGGAUCGAAUCGGGACGGGUCUGGUUGCAACACAGGGAUGGAUUCACGUCGGCCCGUUUAGACCCAACAAAAGAUGCAGAAGAAGGACGUGUGCGUUUAAAGCUGGACGGCAGCACAGGUGAGGUGGUGUCCGUCGAUGAAGAUGAGGUCGUCAAAGCCAAUCCUCCGCAAUUUGAUUUGGCCGAAGAUCUGGCCCAAUUGCGACACCUCAAUGAAGCCUCGCUUUUGCACACGUUGCGAUGCCGUUACGCCGCCAGCCUACCGCACACCUACGCCGGCCAAAGUCUCAUCGUUAUCAAUCCCGUCACGCCAUUGGCCGUCUAUUCCGAGCGGAUGAUCCAGCUGUUCCGCGGAUGCAAAGCCGAAGACAUGCCACCACACAUUUACGCCUCCGCUCAAUCCGCCUAUCGUUCCAUGUUGGCGUCGCGAACCGACCAAUCGCUCAUCUUUGUCGGUCGCAGUGGAUCCGGCAAAACACACAAUUUCAGAAAUUCCCUCCACUACCUCUGUUUGGCCGCCGGAUGCCCCACCAAAGUGAUUACCGUUGAGAAACUCAACGCCAUCUUCUUGUUGCUGGAAGCAUUCGGCAAUUGCCGGACGGGCCUCAACACCAACGCCACGCGAUUCACCAACAUCUUUUCAUUGGAUUUCGAUCAAUCCGGACAAAUCGCUUCCGGCUCCAUCCAAGUGCUGAUGCCAGAAAGGGAGCGUGUUACCCGACGGCCAGAAGGCGAGCCUUCGUUUAACGUCUUUUACGAGCUCGUGGCUGGAGCGACGGGCGAACUGCGUCGCUAUUUGCAAUUAGAGAACAUUGCGAGUAACACGAACGAGCCGUGUGCCUUUAUGACACCAUUGCAUACGGCCGAAGAUCGCCAAAAGGCCGCCGUCAGCUACGCCCGUCUUGUGGCUGCUCUAGAAUCGCUGGGUAUUUCCGAAACGGACAGCCGAUGCAUCUGGUCCAUCUUGGCCGCCAUCUACCACCUGGGCGUCGCCGGGGCCAUGCGAGGAAUUUAAUUAAAAAAAAAAAAAAUGUAAUUACGAAAUCAAUUAAAAUUUAAAAUUUGAAAUACAGGUGCGACUAACAAUAAGAUCGUUUUCGCCCGUCCGGCUGCUGCCCAGCGAGCCGCUAUUCUCUUAGGAAUCGGAUCAUUAGAAGAGCUGGCCCAGAUGGCGUUCUAUGCCACUCCCGUCCAAGGUUUAAUGAUGAACGGACGUUCUUCUUUCCGCACGGCUUCGCCCGUCCAUGAAAGUGUUAAACCCUCGGACAAACAUCUCGAUCCGGCCGAAGCUUUGGAAGGCUUCGCCCAGGGUCUUUACGUCGAGGCCUUUAGCGCUUUGGUUGCAUUAAUUAAUCGAUCGAUAUCUUCGACGGCACGGACCAUCAGCUCCAUCGUUGCCAUCGACACGCCUGGAUUCCAGAAUCCGGGCACGACGAGCAACGGAGAACGGGCCGCCAAUUUCCAGGACCUGUGCCACAACUACACGCAGGAGCGGCUCCAGUUGUUGUUCCACGACACGCAUUUCACUGCACAGCUCAACCGCUACGCUCAAGAACACAUCGACAUCACAUUCGAAGGAGGGACGGGCGAGGAAGAAGUGCCUUCACCUGAACCGUUGGUCGACAUGCUGGACAAGGCUCCUCAGGGCGCCGUGGCCCGCGCUUCGGCCACAAACCUUCGCGACGUGGACCGACGUGGAUUCCUUUGGCUCCUGGACGACGAGGCCCUUGUCAGCACGACCAGCGAAGACGAAUUGCUGGACAAACUGUCGACCAUGUACAACGACCGAGUGUUUGAGAAGCUCUUCACUCGACCGGCCGGCAGCCGGAAGCAGUUGAUGAUCCACCACGGUCAGGGCACCAACAGCGUCCUCUACGACCUGGACGGAUGGCUGAAAUCGGCCCGCGAGAUCCCAACCACUCGCAACGCCGCCCUGGCCCUAACGGAAUCCGCCAAAGAAGAAAUGGCUUCACUUUUCCGUUCUUGUCGUGGUCCGUUGCCGACGACGGUGAGCGGAUCUGUGGCCGGAAUCGAAGGUAGCCACGCGCUACGCAGAGCGUCCAGCAUCCGACGCACAUUUACCUCGGGAACGGCCGGCAUCAAGCGCAAAUCAUUGGCCCUUCAGUUGAAAUUCCAAGUGGACGGACUGAUUGAGACAUUACGCCGGACGAAACCGCGUUUUGUUUAUUGUUUUAUUCCCAAUCAUCGGGCAGGUUUGGUGGACUCGAGUUCAUCGACGUUCGCAUCCAACGACGAUUCCCUUCAAGUGCCUUUGCUUCGUUCUCAGUUGCGCGGAUCGGAAUUACUGCCAGCCAUUCGUCUCUACCGACAAGGAUAUCCAGAUUACCUGCCGCUGGGCGAAUUUGUGCGCCGAUUCAACGUGCUGGUGCCACCUGACGCAUUGCCGGCCUCGUUGCUGACGGGUCUCAACAGCUCGACGGCCAGCGAGAAACAAGCGGCCGAAAUCCUUUUGCUGCACAUCGACAUGGAACGAUCAUCUUAUCGCCUCGGCCUCAGUCAGGUUUUCUUCCGGCCGGGAGUUUUGUCUCAACUGGAAGAUCAGCGGGAUGAAAAAAUCACGAACCGUGUGGUGAAAUUCCAGGCGCAAUGUCGAGGCUUCCUUGCACGCAAACGCUUAAGCAAGCUCAAGGUCCAAGAUGUGGCCAUCCGCUGCAUUCAGCGUAACGUACGCAAACUACAGGCCAUCCGCGCCUGGCCUUGGUGGCGUCUUAUGCUCCGCUUGUCUCCUCUGCUCAACGUGCACCGGACCGAAGAGGAGCUCAAAGCGAGAACGGAGGAAGCCGAGAGUCUACGCAGUAGAGUCACCGCUCUUGAAAAAGAGCGCGCUGAUCUCAAAUACAUAGCCGACCGACUGGAGACGAAGGUCAGCGAAUUGACUGCCGACUUGGCCGAAGAACACUCGACCGCCACUUUGGCCACGGAACGACUAGAAGCUGAAACGGCCCAAAGGAUGAAGAUCGACAAGGAAUUUGGAGAACUCGAAGGUAAAUUUCGUAAGUUAUCUGGCGAUCAUGAAAAGAUGGAAAUGGAAGUGUUGCUGAACCGAUCUGCCGGCCUGAACGGCAGCGGGAGCGAGUACAUGAUGAGCGCGGCCGAGGAUGAUGACGAAGAUGACGACGGCCAGCCCAACGUCUACCGACAAAAAUGCGAACGGAUGUCUCGGGAACUAGAGCUGGCCAAACAGCGACUAGCCCAGCAACACGAAGACGACCUGGAGCAGACGGUGACACUCAAGAAGCAGCUGGAGAAGAAACUCAACGACGCGUACGAAGAGGUCGAAGAGCAACGCCAAGUUGUGGCCCAGUGGAAACGCAAAGCCCAGCGACUGGCCGCCGAGCUCAACGACACCCGUCUCCUCCACGAAGAUCAGACCAACCGCAACGCCGUUCUCGAAAAGAAACAGCGGAAAUUCGACACGGAAUUCCAGCUGCUCCAGGACGAAUUGCGACAGGAACGAGCCAACAAGGAACGGGCCAUGAGAGAACGCGAUGCGGCCAUCACCGACAAACUCACAUCCGAGCAAACUCUUCAGAGUGUUCAACUCGAUCUGGAGAUGAGGGGCGAACGACUGGCCGCUCUCACCAAGGAAUUGGAUGAAAUGACUACAGAGGGUCGAUCAGAUGCUGACAUGGCUGCUCUCAGAAGGUCCAAACAUGAAUUGGAAAUGAAAGUCAAAGAUCAGGAGGAAGAACUCGACGAAUUAGCUGGUCAAGUUCAGUUGCUGGAGUCUGCCAGGCUGCGACUAGAAAUGGCUAUGGAGCAGAUGAAGAAAGAAAACAAGAAGGAACUGGCCCAAAGAGAGGAAGAGAUAGAAGAUACUCGUUGCAGUGCCCAGAAGAAAGUCAAAGCAUUGGAAGCCCAGUUGGAGAGCGAACAUGAAGAAAGAACACUUUUGGUCAGAGAAAAACAUGAACUGGAACGCCAGCUGCUGUCUAUGGCUCAGCACGCAGCGCAUGCCGCAGACGACGACACCAUCCAGAAGCUGAAACGUGACCUGAAACGCACCAAAGCCCUCUUGAAAGACGCACACAGCCAGCUGGAACGAUGCAGAUCGGAAACGCCGAGCAAAGUCUUGCUCAGGCAGCUGAAAAAUUAGCUGGAAGAUUCGGAAUUUGCUCGCACGGCUGCUGUCAAGGGACGCCAACAUGCCGAGCAAGAAUUGCUCGAAGCCCAACAGCAACUGGAUGAGGCAUUGAGGUUGCGUGGUGAGACCGAAGACAAGUAUUUGAGCUGUAACAGAGAACGCAGCAAUUAUCAGAGUCAAGUGGACGACUUGGAGGUGGAAUUGAACGAAGUCAUGCGCAAGUACAAGGCCGCGGUAGCCCAGCUUACCGUUGAUCAAAUCACCCUUCAGGACCAGACUGCUCAAUUGAUGAGUCUGGAACACGAAAAAUCUGCAUUGAAAGAACAGGUGGCUGAACUGAGCGCAAGGCUCGAAUGCAUGGAGAUCGACACAAAGUCCGUCCAUACACAAAAACGUAUGGAAUUGAAAGUCAAAGAACUGGAAUCAAGAGUGGAACUGGAACAGACGUCCAAGUCACGAUUGGAGACGCAAGUUUCACGACUCAAAGAGAUGCUGGAUAAGAGCAACCUGGAACUCGAUUCGCUCCGUUGCAAGGAGCAACUGUCACAAGAAAGCAGUAAACGCCUGCAGCGUCAGUUGCGUGAUGUCCGCGAAGAAUUGACGGGAUCAGAACAGCGUGAUGCCGACACGUCGCAGCAAUUGCGAGAACUCGAGCAACGCAUCGAAUUGCUGGAAUCAGAGAACGCCACAUUGGUUAAGGAUUUAUCGCUGGCCCUGCGCCGAAUCGAAGACCUUCAAGUCGCCAUGCAAGGCGAAAUGGACACGUCAGAUUCGGAUCAAGAUCCGCACUCUGCCGAAAGCGAUAGCGAUGACGAUUCGGACACGUCGUUCAACACAUUCCUCAGUCAACGCAAGUAUGGCAGCACUUCGGGUGUCAGUUCGGCCUCGGAUGCGCGCCGUCAAUCGCCUACCGGUCUCGACAGUCCGUCCAGUAGCCGCGUCGAUCUGACGCUGACGCUGGAUAAGCAAGAAGACGAAUCUGUGGCAUAAAACAUCGUUCUAUUAACUUUAAUAUCAUAAUAUGGAAUUAUUUAGUUAUCUCUUUCCCUUCUCUUUCCCUAACUGCCUUUUCCAAUUAGCGUUUACAUUUGUAUAUAUAUAUAAUUAAUAAUUAUUCGAUAAGACAACACGUUCUUCCCCUUCUCCGCCUUGAUUAGUUUCAUCGUUGAUAGAUUAACUUUGUUGGUCUUGUCCUUUCCCCCCCUUUUUUUCCUUUAACUCUCUCACCCCACUUGUUGCUCCAAGCAUUUUUCUCUUUAUCAACUAGCUGCCAAUCAGCAAUUCUGCCCUUCUUCCUUGCACACCCGUAUGAUUUAAUUGAUCCGUGUAUGAUAGAACUUGCUCAUACAAAAACAAAUUAAUAUAACGAAUACCCUCCCCCCACAAAAUCCCGUUCUCUGUCCGCCCGUGUACGGAACCAAGAGAAAUACAAACCCAAUUCUAAUAUC